AGACCAGCAGGCUGCGACAUCAUUCAGCUCAGCUGCGAUAACCACAAGUCGCCAGUCGAUGACGUCAGUGCACCAACUUUCCGAAGAAAGCUGAAUAGAUGCUUUACAUGAGAACAGAAGUUAGUGAAAAUACGUUUAAUGUUUCCAAAUGCGAUUUCCGGACCUCGAAAGCCUUAUUAUUUUAUCUGUAAGACAUGUAUAUUGAUUGUUUAUAAGUGACGUCGGCAGCAUGUGCAAAUGUAAACUCCGUUCAUUGACAUGGACCGUAUUUAUGACAGUCCUGAUGAUAAAACAGCAGCAGUCUGUAAUUUCUUCAUCUGUGGAGGUUCGAGUGAAUGUUGACAAACCACUACGAAAAUUGGAGCACUUUUGGAGAAGCACUGGAUUCUGUCCUCCGCAGCCGCACACGGAUGCACACCUGUAUGAUCUCAGUCCAGACCAGCAGAUGAAUCUGGCCUUGAUCGGCUCAGUGCCACACAGAGGAAUCCAGCAGGUGCGAAUACACUGGAUGCUGGAGCUGGUGUCUGCACGGGUUUAUGGCGGAGAAUAUCACUACAACUUCACUCACCUAGACCAGCUGAUUGACCUUCUGUGGCAGAAUGGACUGCAGCCAGGCUUUGAACUGAUGGGCAGCGUCUCCAACACCUUCAGCAACUUUGAAGAUAAGCAACAAAUUACUGAAUGGAGAAAUUUGGUCUAUCUGAUCGCCAAACGAUACAUCUGGAAAUACGGCCUGGGCUUUGUUUCUCAGUGGAACUUUGAGACGUGGAAUGAACCGAACAAUCAUGAUUUUGACAACAUCACUGUGUCAAUUCAAGGGUUUCUGAACUAUUAUGAUGCGUGUUCUGAGGGCCUUCGUGCAGCGAGUCCUUUGUUGAAAUUUGGGGGUCCGGGAGACUCCUGUCACUCACAGCCACGCUCCCCAUACUGCUGGGAGAUGCUGAAACACUGUUACAAUGGCACAAACUACUUCACCGGAGAGAGCGGCGUACGGCUCGACUACAUUGCACUACACAAGAAGGGCGGGGGAGGCUCAUUACCCAUCCUGCAACAGGAGGUGUCCACUGUGCAGGAGAUCCAGCAGCUUUUUCCAGACUUUUGCUCGCUGCCGAUAUACAAUGACGAAGCGGAUCCGCUGGUGGGCUGGAACAAACCGCUCACCUGGAGGGCAGACGUCACCUAUGCAGCCAUGGUGCUUAAGGUGAUCUCACAGCAUCAGGACCUGCUUAUCGCCGAUCGGAACAGUACUGUUAACUACACUCUGCUGAGCAAUGAUAACGCUUUCCUGAGUUACCAUCCGCACCCGUUCAGCCAGCGCACCCUCACCGCACGCUUUCAGAUCAACAGCACAAACCCUCCACACGUGCAGAUACUGAGAAAACCAGUCCUCACUGUCAUGGGCCUGCUGGCACUGUUAGGCGAGACUCAGGUGCAGGCCGAGGUGUCUGAUGUGAAUGCGUCGGUGGGUUUGUUGGCCAGCGUUCACGUUCCUCAGGUGCCGUUCAGCGCAGACAGCUGGCAGAGCAGCGUCCUGAUCUAUAACAGCAGAGACAACCAGACCUCCACCUCCGAUGAUGUCAUCAGUCUUCGCAUCACUGGAUUACCUCAGCGCCAGGGUCUGAUGUAUGUGACGCACUACAUGGACAAUAAUGUGACAAACCCAUUUAAACUGUGGGAGAGCAUGAGCAGACCGGACUAUCCCACUGCACAACAGUUCACGCAGAUGCGGAAUCAGGAGGACCCGCAGACUGAUGGGCCUCUGCCAGUCCCAUCUGAUGGCUCUCUGAUGCUGAAGAAAAGCCUUCCCAUCCCUUCAGUGCUGCUCGUACACAUAUGUGCUCAGUCUGAAGAAAUGCCCAACCAGGUGAACGGGCUGCGUUUCAUCAGCAUCACCAAAGGACAAGUUCUGAUCAUCUGGAAGGAUCACUGCGUCGGCACCAAGUGUAUAAAAACAUAUGAAGUGGAAUUCUCCAGAGAUGAGUCCACAUUCCUGAGGAUUAAUCACAGAGACACUAUUUUCACAUACUUCACUUACUCUCCAGAGAGUCUGGAGGUGAGCGGUUUUUACAGAGCGAGAGCUGUGGAUUACUGGGGACGAAAUGGAGAAUAUUCUGUCACAGAGGAAUAUUCAGAGAACCGGUAGUCACAGUUAGGCUUUUGACUUUCCACACACACUAUAGUUAGUUAACUUGGUAUCUUAUUUUACUUAAAUCGCACUAGUUAGUACAUAAUGGCUUGAAUAACAAGGAACAGUGCUCAGCAUAAUAGAGUACACCCCAUUUUGAAAAUGAAUCUUUUAUCCAUUUCCCAGUGAAUAAGGUCAUAUAUUUUG